UUAGAAGCAUGAUAAAAGACUUUUUUCAUAAAUUGUAUUAGGUGUUGUUUCAAUGUCAUUUUAAUUUGUUUCAUUUGAUAUAACUAUACAAAAUCCUAGGAAAACAAACAAAGAACAGAUUUAUAUUGUUUCUUAUUUUCUCAAAUCAAUUUUCAUUUACUAUAAGAAUCAUCCUAAAAAUUUAAUGCUGUGGAAAAAAUCCAAUACGUUUUCGGAGUUCGCGAGUUAAAACUUAUAGAAAGUUUAUCGAAAUUUUCGAAUGCAAUUUAUUUCAAAAUAUAAUAUUAGAAAGACGUCGUUUUCUUUAAUUGUAACAGUACAAAUAGCACGACUGAGAAUUUGAUCUAUAAGAUUUGAGAGGAACUAUUCGGUCAUUGUACUAAUGUAGCUUAAAUGCUUUCCUUUACGAUUUGUAUUACCUGAAAUUCUGCAUAUUUUCUAUUUCAAAAUAUUUUUCGAAAUUUUGAAUUAUUCAAAAGUCUCAUCUAUUACUAGCACAUAAACAAUGUCAAAGUAAAAACAAAAACAUUUCUUUUAAUUGGAUUAAAAUUUUUAUUAUACAUAUAUAUUUAUCUAUUUCGAUAAAUUAAACUAAAAUAUACCGGUGACAUCAUAAAUGGUAAUCAUUUUUUUAUAAGUUAUAUUUUUAAGCAUUUGUUCAUAAAUUUUUCUUGUUAUAUCCAUAGGACAAUUAAGAUUAUUAAAAUCUUCUUUAAUAAUAUCGAUUGAUGCUGUUAUUGAUAAUAUUUGUAAAAUUUAUGGUAUAUAUUUAGGUAAUAAUUGUUUAUUUAAUGGUAAUGGAAGAAAUUGUUCAAUUAAUAAAACUAAUAUAAGACCACUUUCAUAUAAAUGUAUUCCUUCAGAAACGAAUAAAUGGCUUCCAACUGAUGUAUGA